AUGACCAUAUCAAGGACCACCGACACAACCUUAACCCUUCACCUGAAGGUUCCCAACAAUUUAUCUUCAUCGCCAAAUCUUUCACCACUAUCCUCACCAAAUCUUUCACCGCUGUCAACGCAACAGAUCCCAGAGCCUUUGGGACUUCAGACUCCACUCACACCAACAUCUCAUUUUUCAUUUUCACUGCAACAACCUCCGAUAGUCACCAUUUCUUUGGAAAUAUUUGCAAAGAUCUGUGAACACCUUACCCCGCUCGACAUCAUCAGUCUUUCAAAG